AAAACUAUUUAUUUUUUGCACCAAUUUUGGACUUCUCCGUCACCCUCAGUCGUCUCUGCUCACUCACAUCACACUCACUCCCCCCACUCUCCAUUCAUCGCCUCCCAAAAAAACCCUUUUCCCUUCAUCUCUCUCACUCACUCACACCUCCCUCUUCCCAAAACCCCUGCAUUGUCUUCUCCACUUACCUUCUCAUGGAUCUCUUCCCUCCCGCUUUAGCUCUCAUUCUUCUUUUUACAACUUCUCAAGGUGUUUCAGCUGCCACCUUCACAUUCGUCAACAGAUGCGACUACACUAUUUGGCCCGGCAUUCUCGCUAAUGCAGGCAGUCCUAGACUCGACAGCACAGGAUUCGAGCUCCUCAAAGAUGCUUCCCGCUCUUUUCUUGCCCCCACGGGCUGGUCGGGCCGCUUCUGGGCUCGAACCGGCUGUAACUUUGACGGAUCCGGAGCCGGCUCUUGUUCUACCGGAGACUGUGGGUCCGGUCAAGUUGAGUGUAACGGGCUUGGAGCCGCCCCUCCCGCCACUCUAGCGGAGUUCACUCUGGGGACGGGUGGGCAGGAUUUUUAUGACGUCAGCCUUGUCGAUGGGUACAACUUGCCCAUGCUUGUGGAGACGUCGGGCGGGGCGGGUCUGUGCGCUUCGACGGGUUGCUCCACGGACUUGAACCAGCAAUGUCCGGCGGAAUUGAGGGUCGGUGAGGGGGACGCCUGCAAGAGCGCGUGUGAGGCGUUUGGGAGUCCUGAGUAUUGUUGCAGUGGCGCGUUUAACACUCCCGCCAGCUGCAAACCGUCGGUAUACUCGGAGAUGUUCAAGUCCGCUUGUCCGAAAUCUUACAGCUAUGCGUACGACGAUGCCACAAGUACGUUCACAUGCAGUGGAGCUGACUAUACUGUGACGUUUUGCCCGUCUUCUUCUCCUAGUCAGAAAUCUUCAAGUUAUGCAACACCAACGACAGGAUCAUCAUCACAGCAGCAGCAACAACAAGGUUCAGGAUCCGGGAUAGAGUAUUCGGGUAAUGGAUAUGGAUCAGGGUAUACUCCAGGUUCUGGUGCCGGAACUGGAUCUGGGUAUCCGGGGUCUGGUGCCGGAACUGGAUCUGGGUAUCCGGGGUCUGGUGCUGGGACAGGAUCCGGAGGAAGCAGCGUGUUGGCAGAUGGGACAUAUUUAGCUGGUUUGGCCAUGGGAGAUUCACCAAGAACAGCAUCAAUGAGUGCUCUUCAAUUUGCAGUUGUGGCCUUUACAGCUCUCUCUCUCAUGUGCUCAUGUUUCUUCUCCUUGUAGUCCCUCUCCUCCUAUUAUAUAAUUUAUGGUCUUUUUGUAUGUGAAUUCUUUUUAUGUUUUCAGCCUUUGGUAAGAAAGCUGACUAGAUUCUUAUUCCAGAUUGUAAUCCACUCACCAACCCAUUUCAGAAUUCCUAGGAACUUUCAAUGUUACAUAUUUAAAAAUGCUUGUUCCUGCAUAAUUUUUUGGGGUCAUUGGAUGAUUUUUAUGCAGAUUAAGCGAAAAACUAGAUCAUAUUUUUGGCAAAUUUUGGCGUUGCUUGUUUCAAUGGUGUGGUUGUAAAGGAAGAAAAGACAGUAAUCUCAUUUGUGUAAUGUGAAUACGUUGUCAGGA